UAUUCACCUCGAAAAACGCUCGCAAGCUCCGUUGUUUUGGUUCCCGAUUUUCUUCACUCGUUUAUCGAUCUAAUUGUGUUUUUGUCCCGAUUAUCGUAACUUUAAAAAGUACAUAACGUAACCAUCAACUACUCUAGAAUAAAAUUUAUCGUACUUAUGGAAGCACUGAGCAUUCAUGAUCUUCCAGAGGAGGUAAUACCGUACAUUUUCGAGCACCUACCGCUCAUAGAUCUGAAAAAUGCUGCCCUCGUUUGCCACAGCUGGUCCCAGAUUGCUUUCAGUGGACGCUUUCUAAAACGGAUAAUGUUGAAGUUGGACUUCCGGGAUGAAUCGCCCACCCAGUAUCGACGCUAUCUGCUGGAGAGCGAACGAGCCUAUCGUCAUCUGGGAUUUUACUACCGUAGUGAUCAACUCGAUUUGAGCUUGAUUCUGGCAGUGCUGCAAAAGUUCGAAAAUUCCAUCAUAAGCUUGAAAAUCUGCCCCAACUACUUUAUUAUGCUAAACGAUCUGAGGCAGAUUCUGCAGCAGGUUCCCAAACUCGAAAGUUUGUUUAUAGUUUCCCGCAUAUGUCCCGAGCUAGGCCACAAACCGGAUUUAUCCGAACCGUUUCCGGUACUCAGCAAACUAAAGCACCUUUAUCUUGAAAACGAUGGUGGUUUGCAGCUGGAAGAGAUUGAUUUCCGUACCAUGACCCCAAACAUCACCAGCAUCGAUAUGGACUGCGAUUCGAAACAAGCGCUGGCCGUUUACGAUCAUUUCAGUAGCCAGCUUCGAGAUCUAGCUGUUUUCUUCAAACGGGACGAUUUCUUUCUGCCAUUCUGUGAACUGAAUUUUCCCAAGUUGGAGGUUCUAGAUUUUUACGGUGACGAUCAGCAGUUUGACAUUCCCGAAGCCGUGCGGGUGGUGUGUUCUUUCUUUCGCCGAAUGCCACGGCUAAGAAAGGUCACCCUAAGGUGUAAUAUAAGCGAAGAGGUAUUGGCCUCGAUAACCGAGAACUGCCCGGAGCUGACCAUGCUGUUUCUGAAAGGGGAUAACUUAAGAGAGAAAUCGUUCCGGCAUUUGGGACAACUUAAAAAAUUGAAGAGUCUGAAAGUAGAAGGCUGGAUAAGGUGCAACAUCCUGCAGGACUGUCUUCCGAUUCCUACGCUGGAUCAGCUGUACCUUCAUUCGGUGUUGAUCGAUGAUACGCAAGGAUUCUUCCGAUUGCUGAAAACCGUGGCGCCCAACUUGCGAAUUCUCGAAGCGGUGGAAUCCGAUAUCGAUGACGAAUGUCUGAAGUACGUUAGCUGCAACAUUCUCUCGCUGCGCAGUUUGGUGUUGGAAUUCUGUCCAAAUCUUACUGAAGACGCGUUCAGUUUCCUGGACAGAUUGACUGAGCUGCACGAGCUCAAACUCGGCUACCUGGACGUUCCCCACAACCUGUUCGAACUGAUCCCGCAGAACUCCGUGCGUCAUUUCACUUUGUAUCGCUGUGAUAAAUUGGAUGACGACAUUCUGCCGAAGGUUGCGGAAAAGUUUCCGCAUCUGGGGUACCUGGAGAUUGCCAGCUGUCACAAGAUAACGCUGGCCGGUGUCGAUCGAAUACGGGAACUGAUGCCGAACACUGAAAUCGUGAGCUUUAUGCUGUUUUAGCUAAACGGGAAAACAGCCCAGUUCUAUAGGUUGCUGUUCGAACAGAUCCAGGGUAAGUUGAGCCGAAGGCAACUGGGGUGGUAACUGCGAAGUCCCGCGAUAUUUUGACGUAAUAGGUGAGCUAACUACUUAUUCUACGUAAUAAGUAAUAACUUAGAUGGUUAGAAAUACAUAAGAGCAAUUAAAUUUCCCGCAGUAGAAGAUACAGUGAUUAACAAUUAACUUCAUCAGUCAUAGGGAUAAAUUAUCCAAAAUUCGUAUUCAUCAGUUACUCGAAACAAAACACAUUGUUAGCUUCGUGAAUCUUAAAAUAAGGGACAUCAGAAACAUUCAUUCUAGUCUCAUAAGCGUUAGUUAAGCAACUGAUUCUCAGUUCCUUGUUAAGUUCUUUUAGAGUAUACUAGUACAUGUUUAUAUUAAAUUUCAUAAUUUACAGUUCACAUGAAUAGAUUAUUGUUCACUUCGCAUAUAUUCAUGGUCCGAUGUUCCAGUCUAUCGUACAACGCAUCACUUUUAACUGAAUUUGAUAUACAUAGCUUGGUAAACGGUAGGACAUCUGAAA